AUGUACGGCUUGAAGGUCGGGUCCCGUAAUGCGGAACAAGUGCGGUCGAGACGGCAGGAAGCGCAGUCUGAUGCAAACCGCGCACGGACAACCAACCCCAAGUUCUUCACUUCAUUCCGGACGAACUUGUUUGAAAAGCACUUGGUGGGGCAGCACCCGGUCAAAUGGGCCGAGUACUGCAAACUCUCGACGGACGACGAAAGGCGCGCGUAUUUCACGUCUGUCCCAGUGCCGUACAGCGAGACGUUGGACUCCGUGUUAGAAAGCGAGGAUGUGCUAGUGUUUGCCGUCAACCGCGCCAUUGUGGACAAGAUCGUUGGGGGACUACUAUUUCACCCCGAUGACGUGGACGAGAAAUCUCACGCCAAAGCACUGUCAUCCUUUGUGCCCCAGGGGCCUCAGUACAAAAUCACAAUAAAGCGACCAUCUCGAUUCCGGCUUUGUUUGCGCUUACUGGGUCGCGGGGCAUCGUUCCGUAUGACAGCCAAUCUAAUGGACGAUACAAGGGAAGAGACGGGCAUCGGCCGGUAUGGCGGCUGCAGUGAGGGGGUAGUGGCGCACUAUGCUCGCGUCCAACUUGGGCGUUCUCGCUGGCCCUUGACUGCGGGACUCGCUUGGGCAAGUCCGUAUGUGGACGUUCGGUGCCGAUACUACACCAACGGGUCGCUUGAAAACUACCACCUGCUUGCGAUCCCACUCUAUGAGCGACACACAGCGCUCAACAUCUUUGCUGUUGUAGUUGAGCUCUUAGAUGCUCUUGUACCACGGUGGAGGUAUCAACUACUUGGUGUCGCGACUGACGGAGCAGCAACAAUGGUUGGCUGUGUCAAUGGAGUCGCUACUCGUUUGGAAAAGGAAGCCAAGCACAUGAUUGUUCGGGUGUGGUGCGGUUUACACAAGCUGGACCUGAAGAUGCAACUCGUGUUUGAGCAAGCCCUCAAUGAGACCUAUCUGACAAAAGUCACUGAUUUAAUUGGAUUUCUAAGACGCCAGCAGAACCUCGUCGCCGACAUGCAGACAACCUGUCCAAAGGUCGCAAGUACGAGAUGGUUGUCGAUGUACGCCGUUGCGGAUUUCCUGUCAGAGAAAGAGGCAGAGUGUUCCCCGAACUUGGUGUGGUGGAUAUUCCUCUUUGCUCUCCGUGAGCUGGCUUGUGAGGUCAAUGCUGUGUUUGUGUCGUUGCAAGGCAUGACCACGCUUGUCAAACAACAAGAUGACCGCUUUGGAGGUCUUGUGCAACGCCUCCUCAACAUUAGUGGGGCCCUUGGCCCCCUGGACGAAGCCGCAAUCCUGGAGCUGGACAGUGGCAAGUAUGAAAUCAUUGGGAGCUUUGUCAUUUCCCAUGCAGCGGCCGCCACGUACGUGAACAACCUCGAUCUUUGCGUGUCCGAAGGCCUUAAGACUCUCGCCGAAGGGCAGCAAACAUUGGUUGUCAAUGCAGUGGCUCGAGUGUAUCUCCUCGCUAUCUCAAACAUAUUCGCACUCAAGGAACCGGCACACAUCAGCCCGCGCGUCACUCCCAAAGAGCUUGUGACUAGUUCAAUGGUUGACCUGGCGUCGCUAAUUGACCCACCGCGAGCGAAUCCUCCGGACAUUCGGGGAUGA